AUGCAGAAUGUACGUAGGCUGCCUUUCGCGAACGUCACUGGGUUUGUUGAAGGCGAGAAGAAUGCUUACCAUGUCGAAGUGGAUUACUGGAGAAACAGGUCCAGUAACCGUGGCAAGGAACCUUACAAAACUUCCCCUGGGGAUGUUUUGAUGCUAACUAAUGCUAAGCCAGAUACCAUUCCCAGCUUAGAAAGGUUUGCAGGAAGAUGGGCAUUUGCAUCAGUUGCUGCGAUGGUGGAAGACGACGACGACGGGGACGCUCGAACAUCAACGAAGUUCAUAGUCAAGGCAUUACUUGACGACGAAAUGAAUGAUGUUCGCAACUGCAAGUCCAUGUUUGCAGUUUAUCUGAUGAAUGCCGUCACUAACGAUAGGAUAUGGAAUGGGCUACACAGAUUUUGGAAUUUGAAGAUUGUAAAGGAAGUUCUACGUACAGAUUCAGUGGCUGAGAAAGAUUGCAAUCUCUGUAUUGCUCAUAGUCUUGGCUCUGGACAUGAGGGUCUCAAUAAGAGCUUGUUUGGUAGUCUGAAUGAAUCCCAGACAAAAGCAGUUCUGGCUUGUCUUGAUACCAUCGAGUGCCAACACAGGUCAGCUGUGGAAAUGAUACAGGGUCCUCCGGGGACAGGGAAGACCAAAACUGUCGCGGCUCUGCUCUUUACUCUCUUGAAAAGGAAACACAGAACCCUUGUUUGUGCUCCGACAAAUGUUGCCAUCAGGGAAUUGGCAUCUCGUGUUUUGCAGCUGGUGAAACAAUCGGGUUGCACAACUUGUGGGGAAAGCUUGAUGUGUAACUUAGGAGACAUGCUAUGUAUCGGGAACAAGGAGCGGAUGAAAGUAGAUUCAGAUAUGGAGGAAAUAUACUUGGAUCAUCGCGUUAAUCGUGUUGCGGAGUGCUUUUCCGUAGUCACUGGUUGGCGGCGUUGUCUAACUUCCAUGAUCGAUACUCUCGAUGACUGUGUCCUCGAAUACCACAUUUUACUGGACAAGGAGUGCAAUAUCAUAUGGGAGCAUAAUGGUAACGAUCUAGGGAGCAAAUGUAGAAGCGGCAAAAACGAAUCCAAACCUGAAUUUAAGUCAUUUGUGGAUUUUUUCAAGCACAGAUUCAAGUCAAGUGCAGAGUCUCUCCGGAGAUGCUUCUCUAUCUUAUGCACCCAUAUAUCCAAAAGUUACCUUCUUGAACAAAAUUUCCAGGACAUUAAGUCACUUCUCAUCUUACUUGAUUCUUUUGAAAUUCUACUAUAUAGAGAGAAGUUGGAUUCCGGAAAGUUGAAGGAAGCAUUUUCGUCAUGCCCAUCUUCAUUCAAAACUUGCACAGAUACACUAUAUACAUCGUUGUCCAUGAAGAGACGUGAUUGCCUCUCUGUUUUGCAAAGUCUCAAUACGUCUCUCGGAAGGCUAAACCUUCCAACAUUUACGAGUAAGAGCAUGAUAGCGGAGUUCUGUCAUCAAGCGGCUUCCUUGAUUUUCUGCACUGUCUCUAGCUCGUAUAAGCUAUGCUCCAUGGAAAUAGAGCCUGUCAGUUUAUUGGUGAUCGAUGAGGCUGCACAGUUGAAAGAAUGCGAGUCAAUGAUUCCGCUACAACUGCGAGGUGUCAGGCACGCAGUUUUAGUUGGAGAUGAAUGUCAGUUGCCUGCUAUGGUUGAAAGUAAGCUUUCUUACAAGGCUGGCUUUGGAAGGAGUCUAUUCGAAAGAUUGAGUUCUCUGGGUCAUCCCAGACACCUUCUCAAUGUCCAGCACAGAAUGCAUCCUGCGAUAAGUCGCUUCCCAAUAUCAACCUUUUACAAAAAUCAAAUUCUGGACGGGCCGAAUGUUACUGGCAAAAGCUACAGCAAAUGUCAUUUGCAGUGGCCAAUGUUUGGCCCCUACUCCUUCAUAGAUAUUUCUAAUGGGAGAGAAGAAGUUGGGGAUGAUGGACGUAGCCUUAGAAACUAUGUUGAGGUAGGAGUUGUCUCGACGAUUUUGAAGAAUCUAUAUGAAGCAUGCAAGUCUUCAGGAGAAGAUCUAAGUGUCGGCGUGAUAUCUCCAUAUGGAGCUCAGGUUGCUGCAAUACAACAGGAGAUUGGAAAAGGAUACGAAAACAUCAAAGGCUUUACAGUGAAAGUGAGGUCAGUGGAUGGGUUCCAAGGGGGUGAAGAGGACGUCAUAAUAGUAUCCACUGUGAGAUCAAACCCUCGCGGUUCGAUUGGGUUCGUGUCGGAUGCCAAGAGAACCAAUGUCACUCUUACCAGGGCAAGAUACUCUCUCUGGAUUUUGGGGAACGAGAGAACGCUGACGAGAAGUAAAUCUGUAUGGGAAGCUUUGGUUCAUGAUGCUAAGAUCCGUGGGUGUUUCUUCAGCGUUGAUGAUGUUAAGGCCGCUUUGGAUGGGAGGAAUAAUCAGCUCGAUGAUCCGGUUGAUGGAAGUGGUGUGCUAUUUAGAAAUGAGAGGUGGAGGGCAAAUUGCUUUCAGGAUGCUAAGAGCCGAGGAUGUUCCUCCAGGACCAAUGAAGUUAAAGCCAUUUCGGAUGGGAAGAAAGAGGAUAGUCGGCUCGAUGAUCCGCGCGAUGGCAUUAGUGUCCUAUUUAAAAAUGCUCGGUGGAGGGUUUUCUUUGGCGACAACUUUGUGAAGUCUUUCCGAAAACUGGCGUCGCUUGCGACCCGGAUGGCAAUCUUGAACCUCUUAUCCAAACUUGCUGGUGGCUGGAGACCUGAGAAGAGUAAUGUGGGUUUAUUCCCUAAAAGCUCUUCUCAUAUGGUGAAGCAAUUCAAGGUCGAAGGUCUCUACGUGCUGGGCACUGUGGAUAUACUGAAGGAACUGAGAUACAUCCAAAUCCUGAAGAUUUGGGAUGUAUUGCCCUUAAUGGAUGCAAUGAGACUGGCUGAACGUCUCGGCAUCGAGUUCAAAGCGUAUACAGACGAUUUCAUUGGUCGCUGCAACGAGAAAUGUCUGGAAGGGGAUCAGGAAGUUCCAAAGACAUGGGAUUCUUCUGAUGGUAUUGCUCGUUUCCAUGGUACCGGGGCCGAUAUUUCUAAUCCGGGAGCGAGCGAGAGCCUGCUUUCGAUGAGAUUCCACCCCUCGUCAUCUAGUAUAGUCAGGCACUUGCUUUCGAAGGACGAGGAUAGCGAAGCGAAUCUCGGGUCUGAAGUAACUGGGCUAGAUCAAGAGAUGCGUUCCAUCUUCGGUGGGCUUCGUAUUUGAGAAACCCCGUAUCUGUUCCCUUCUUCACAAGGAGCUUUUGACAGAACCAGGGGAAAAUACAAUUUCUUCACCAGGAAUUUUUCACAUAGGGCCGGAAUUUCCAUGUCCGUGCUCAUGCCGGGUAUUUUCGAGAAGGCGCGGACCUUCUUAGUCAUUUAUCUUCUUCUAGCUUUUAUGUCUGGAUA